AUGAAGUAUGGGAAACUUCGUACAAAAGAUGGCAAUAUUGUAUCUUCUAAAUGGUGGAAAAAAGAAAAUGAUAGUAGUCGAAAUGAUUAUUGUAUUAACUUAACUAUUGAUGAACAAGAAGAGGAGACUUUUGGACAAGUUGAAUAUUUCAUGCUCCAUAAUAUGCAAAAUCAAGAACGAAUGUUUGCAUAUAUUUGA